AUCAUUUCAUUCUGUCCACGGGCUAAGAAUUAUGAGCUGCAGGAACCAGCGACCUGCCAUUUGCUUUCCCUAAGUACACUUUCCCCUCGGCGCUCGCGCUCCACCGCCGGCCAUCCUCAGCGGAACAGGAAAACCGUGCUGUUUCCCCGCGCUGCUUCCGGUCGAUGGAAUUCGCUCGCCGAGGCCGCGGCGACGAGGACAUCGACGACAUGCACCGGUUCAUCGACCUUCCGCCGCCUCACGAUGCAAGCGAUUCUUUUGGUCCGUACCAACAUUCCAAGCUGGCUUGCUGCCUGCCUGCCUGUUCCUUUGGAAAGCGAAACCCCGAUUUCCAUUAAGGAAGCAAGGUUCUUGUGCGUUGGCAUAAUCACCAGCAUAGGAAGGAUCUAAAGUUCCGUUGCUAUGCUACUCUGCGGCUCUUGGCAUAAUCACCAGGAUAGGAAGGUUCUAAAAUUCAGUUGCUAUAUGCUACUCUACGGCUCUUGGCAUAAUCACCUGCAUAGGAAGGUUCUACUGCACCUGAUAAGGAAAUACUCCUAAAUAGGUAAUUUAGAGCAUCAAUCCAUCAACUUAGCUUGUUUGCCUUUUGAUAAUCUCUGUCUGAAAAUAUAAUUCGUUUUAGACUAAACAAAUAUUCAUUAAUUAUUCUUCGAAUGUAGUUUAUAUGUAUAUCUACAAAAAGGUUAGAAAAAGUUAUAUUUUGGGACGGAGAGAGUAUUUUUUAAGAAAACCUGUUCGUCUUUGACUGUCAUCUUAGGUCUAACCUUAGCAUAGUCAGAGCAUCAGACGCUCACGACUGGUCAACUGCUGAAUUGGUUAUGCUUUUUUUUACGGCAAGAUGACUGUGCCUUGUGCAGUGGACCCAUUGCUGGUGAUUAGGGAAGCGCUGCUGUCACAGCUUCAGAAGGAUCGUCUUCGCCAGGAGAUCAUCCAGGUUGAGUUGGCUAAGAUAGAGCGUGCCAUGGUCCUGUGCAAGUGCAACAGCUCACAUCAUGGUAUUGCCGCUGAUGAUGUGGAAUGGACUAGGCCUGCUCCCUUCACCUUCAGGGAGCAGUCCAUGCGACCUUGGCGAUGGUCAGUCAGUCAAGAAUGUUAUGUCGAUGUGGAUGAGGUUCAUGAUCGAAAGCAAAAGGAGGGAAGGCACAGGAGUGUAGUGUUGAAGUCUGAGAAGCCUGCCAUGGAAGAUGGUGAAUGCUUGAGACCUUGUUGUAAUGGUAAGGCAAGUCAGGAGAAUUCAAAAGUCGAAGAUCAGAAAUCACAAGAAUCCAGUGAGACCAUACAGCCCAAGACGACUUUGCCUUCAGUGAAAUGGGAACUGACAGGAAUAACAAUACCAGUUAAGAAAAAGAAACGACACCAGAAACUGAGUUGUGAAAUCUGCCAGGUGCAAGCAACUAGUGAGCACAGCUUACAAGAACACCGUGCAGGGCGUAAGCACCAAUUAAAAGAAGCAAUUGAUCAGAAGGUACAAUUAACAGAAGAAUCCUCUUCCAGCACAGAGCAGAAAACAUCCUCGAUAAAAUGGAGCUGCAGUACAUGCCAGGCCAACGGUACAAGCGAAUCAGACCUGAAGGAGCAUCUAAAUGGAAGAACACACCGACAAAACAUUAAAGCGCAACUCAUGGAGAGUGAUGGCAUUGCUAAGACUAAUGAGCUGCAGGAACCAGAGUGCCCUAAGAACAAUGCACCACAACAUUCAGAGAAGCCACCUCCGAUGAGUUCUACCCAUUGCCUAGCGAACUCUACUCAUGAAUUGGAGUUACGAGGGCACCUUUUAGCUAAGCCUCAAGCUCUACUGGACGAAAUCAGUAACCUGUCAAGGAAUUCUGAGUCGCGAGAAGCCACGGUGCUUCCGAACAUUGCACCGCAACAUACAGAGCAGACUCCAGGAUCAAAUUGUAGCAUACUUCAAGCUGAUUCUGAUUGCAAAUUAGACUUGGAGCACCAAUUUGGAGCGAAGAUACACCAACUGAAUGUCCAGGACCUACUUGAAGAAGCCAAGAAAACAGGAGAUUUUCCACCAGAAAUUGCCAAGGACCAGCAACCGCCCUCUGAAUGGGGUUGUGUUAUCUGUCAGGCAAAAUGUUACUCCGCACCUCAAUUCGCUCAGCACUGCAGAGGCAAGAAACACCAAAAGAAGGUGGAGGCACUACAAGGAGGCGUGGAUGCCAAAUCAAGUAAUCUGACGACAGUGCACAAAGCAGCUUCAAAUGGUCCUGACUGCAGCAGUUCGAGUUCAGAGAAGGUGGAGGAUCAGACAGCAUUGUGGUCGUGCGGGGUUUGCAAUGUGCAGUGCAACAGCGAGAGUAUGCUUGCAGGCCAUUGUAAGGAGGAGGAACAUAUGGAGAAACAGAAGUUGCGGGAUUUCUGCGAGGUCUGCAAUUUGAAGUGCAACAGCGAAAAGAUGCUUGCUCACCAUCUUUCUGGGAGUAAGCACCAGAAAAGGCUCAGUGCGAACAAGCGAAAUGCAGUUGUGGCUUGGGUCCCGGUGGCACUGAGGGGAAUUGUACAGUAAGAUAAGGAACCUAGUACCCCACCUAGUGAAGUUUGUAUACCAUGCCACUAUUUAUUAUAGUGACCCGACUGCAAUUUCAAAAUACA